CUUCUUGCUUCCUCCCCUUUUUCUCUCUCUUCUUUCACACACCCCUCUCUCUCUCCCUCGAUCUGAGCUCCGGCCACCCACGUCAUCUCUCCAAUGGCGGCCACACGCGGCGAGCCCGACCCACAACCACCUCUUUCCUCUUCUUCCGCGUCCGAAAUCCACGUCCGGGUCAACUCGCGCCGAGCGAUACACCCGGUGAACAUACCCACGCCGCCCCCGGCGGCGGCGGCGGCGAGCCCUGUCGUGUUCCGGGAGGUGAAGCAUUUCAGGAGCUGGGUCCCGUGGCUGGUGCCGACCUUCGUGGUGGCCAACACGGUGAUGUUCAUCAUCACCAUGUACGUGAACGAUUGCCCCAAGAACUCGGUGUCCUGCAUCGCCAGGUUCUUGGGCCGAUUCUCCUUCCAGCCCCUCAAGGAGAACCCCCUCCUCGGCCCUUCCUCUUCUGCGCUUCAGAAGAUGGGUGCUUUAGAAGCAAGGAGAGUGGUUGACCGGCACCAGGUGUGGCUCCUUGUCACCUGCAUUUGGUUACAUGGAGGAGUUUUCCAUAUAUUGGCAAAUAUGUUGAGUCUUUUAGUUAUUGGCAUUCGGCUUGAGCAAGAAUUUGGUUUUGUGCGAAUUGGCUUGCUCUACAUGAUCUCAGGACUUGGUGGAAGUUUGUUGUCAGCUCUUUUCCUUAAGUCAAACAUUUCCGUUGGUGCUUCUGGUGCACUAUUUGGAUUACUAGGUGGAAUGCUCUCUGAACUCAUUAUUAAUUGGAGCAUUUACACCAACAAGGUUGCAGCAUUUGUGACCCUCUUGUCUAUCAUUGUGCUAAAUUUGGCUGUUGGGAUACUUCCUCACGUGGACAACUUUGCUCACAUUGGAGGAUUUCUUUCCGGCUUUUUUCUGGGAUUUGUCUUUCUGAUCCGGCCCCAGUUUGGAUGGAUUAGCCAAAGAUAUGCUCCCCCUGGAUAUUUGACGACUUCAGUUAUAUCCAAAUUCAAGAAGUAUCAGUGUGUCCUGUGGAUUUCCUCUCUUAUCAUCUUCAUUGUUGGGUUUACUGCUGCUCUGGUUUUGCUGCUCCGUGGUUUUGAUGCAAAUGAUCAUUGUUCUUGGUGCCACUAUUUGUCUUGUGUCCCAACUUCAAGAUGGAGCUGCAAUUCAAAUCUGGGAUCCUGCAAUUCCACGCAGUUUGGAAGCCAGCUGAACUUGACGUGCUUGACCAACGGCAAAUCCAGCAUGUACACGUUGCCGGAUGCAACCUCUUCUCAGAUUGAGGGGCUGUGUUCUCAGCUAUGCAGUUGAUUAUCAAGAAAACACGGUGCGUGCGGGCAUCACCUUUAAACUUGAUUGCUGUGAAGUCAUGUCGACUUCGGGUUAUUCGAUUUUAUGUACAUAUUCCAGGCAGUAUAGAGACUGUGCUUUUAGAUUACAAAUCUGGACGUUCACUUGAACCUUCAUAUUACAUGUAUUGCUAAGAGUGAUAGAUUAUUAAUUGAGUUCAAUUUUUGUUCGA